CACACUGGUUGCCUGUUGUCCAUACCCACUUUUUUUCUUCCAUUAUGUAGCAAAUGUGUAGAAAUGUGGACUCCACAUACUUGUGCCCCAUCGCCCCAUCGCAUUUGCUGAGACAGGUGAAAUCCAGAUUGCGAUUCCAGGCUCCAGGCCCUUCUUUCCCCCGCUAGUCCGCGUCAUACAGUCGAGCCUCAAUUGCAACGGUCCACAAAAAACGAAAACAAAUGUGAAAAGUGAAGCCCGAGACGACGCAGCAGCAGCACCCCACGUAUUUGCCGUCGUCGCAGUCGCACCCCCGCACAUAACUUUAUUAUGGGCACAAAGGAGUCGAAACAUGCCUGCAUCAGCUACGAGGAUGCAGUCAAACGUAUGAGCGACACGGAGCUGCGACGCCUCAAGGAUGCCUUUAAGAAGUCGGCGGGCGUGGGACGACUCUACCUCAGCCGCAAUGCCUUCCAGCAGGACGUUCUGUGCGAGGGCGUGCCGCCGAAGAUCACUGACAUGCUCUAUGCCGCCUGCGGUGGCACCCAACGCGGCAUCUCCUUCAAGGACCUGCUCUGCGGACUGGUGCUGAUCACUCGCGGCUCCCAGGAGGAGAAAACCAAAUUCCUGUGGAACCUCUACUGCAACGACUCUGGCACCUACAUCGUCAAGUCGGACUAUGUGCGCAACGUGAAUUUGGCUCCGUUCGAAAGUGUCUCCUUGUUUGCGCAAAGCGAACGUGUCAAUUUCGAGCAGUUUCAGGACUGGAUUGUGAAGCAUCGCAACGCCACCGUUCUUUCCAAAUGGCUCCUCGCCGAUAAUUGCGUUAGCCUCACCUCAGAGCUUGAGACGCCCACAUUCUAUCAGAGCCUGGCUGGAGUCACACAUUUGGAGGAAAAGGACAUUGGAGAUCUGGAGAAAGAGUUCUGGCGUUUGAAGAAUACUUCCCAGAAUGGCCAAAUCGAUUUGCAGUUUCUUGGCCCCCUGAUCAGCCCCCCCAUACCAAAGAAUGCACUGGCCGGACUCUUCAAUGCCUUCGAUGAGAAUCGCGAUGGCCACAUCGACUUCAAGGAGCUGUGCUGUGGUGUAAGUGCAGCCUGUCGUGGACCAGGUGUGGAAAGGACUCGCUUCUGCUUUAAGAUAUUCGAUGUGGAUCGGGAUGGAGUGCUGAGCCAUGAGGAGACCAUGCAAAUGAUCAAUGUUCUGCUGUUUGUGGCCAAGGAGAACCGGGACUCUCAGCAGUACAAGGAGCUCACUAAACAGCUUGUCAUCAGCGAUCUCCUCGAGUUUGGGCAGCGCAAGAGUCCGGACGGGGCACCCAGCAACGUCACGCGCGACAAUGUCUCCCUGACGGCCGAGGACUUUAUGCUAUGGAACGUGGAGUGCAAUCUUCGGCUGAUGCAGCCCCUUCUGGACCUCAUCUUCGAGCUUUGCCACAUCGUCUUCGGCCUCUGGCCGCAGUGCAAGCACAUGGAGAACGACAUCGUCCGUGGCUGGCUGCGACGCGAGGAGCGGCGUCCGUAUCGCGUUGGCCAGUUCUGGUACCUCAUAUCGCGCGACUGGUGGCUCAACUGGAUGUCGUACACCCAGCACACGGCCCACACUUGCGACUACUGCAAGCGCACCGCCAGCCAGCGCAGUGCUGUGGAUGAGGCGCUUGUAUGCGACGAGAGCUUCAACACCCACAGCCUCGAACAGCACGAUAGCUACUCGCUGGGCUCUGGCUCUGGAUCAGGCUCGGCAAGCAGCGGCAUUUCGGCUGGCCGCCACUGCGGUCCCGUGCGUCCGGGGGCCAUUGACAACAGCAAUCUAAUCACGGCCAAUCCUUACCGAAAUGUGCGCACCCUCACCGGCGAGGGCGGCCACCUGAAGCGGGACACGCCCAUCGUGCAGAGUCACGACUUUGAGCUGGUGCCCAAAUCUCUGUGGAAGGCCCUGAAUCGUUGGUACGGCGACAAUCUGCCAUUGCCCCGUCAGGUCAUACAACCGCCCAACACAGAUGUGGAGCUGGAGCUUUAUCCUUUGAACCUACGCAUCCUGCUGCACCAGGCGCAGCCAUCUCAGACGAGUCUGGCCGCAGGAGCGGGAGCACAGCUUGGAAGCUGGGGCUCCACAGUAAGCGGCGGCUAUGGGGUCCUGGCCUCGGGCGGUGGCUAUGCAGCCAUUGCGGCCAGCAGUGUGCUGCAGCCCCCGAAGCGCUACCUGGCCUACACGGCGGCCUUCAGUCGCUUGGCCACAGUGCGUCAGGUGGGGGAGUUCCUGUGCGAGCAGCUGCGCCUCAAGGCGGAGGAUAUACGGCUGUGGCACGUGCCGCAGCUGGACAACGGUGCCAUACUACUGGAGGAAGAUGCCAUGUGCCUGAAGGAGCUCUUCAUUCGCGACAACGACCAGCUGCUGCUGGAGAUACGCAACAAGGACCUGACCUGGCCAGAGGAGCUUGGCUCGCUGGCCAGUGCGCAGAGCGGCCAGGGCACCGGGGGGGCUCCUGGUGACCGACGACGCCUCACCCGCAGCUCCAUCAUGUCUGUGCACGCACCGGGCGCCACGGGGCUGCACAAUCUAGGCAACACCUGCUUCAUGAACGCCGCCCUGCAAGUGCUCUUUAACACCCAGCCCCUGGCCCAGUACUUCCAGCGUGAGAUGCACCGCUUCGAGCUGAACGCGGCCAACAAGCUGGGCACCCGCGGACAGCUGGCCAUGCGCUACGCGGAGCUGCUCAAGGAGGUGUGGACGGCAACGACGCGCUCAGUGGCUCCACUGAAGCUUCGCUUCUGUGUAAACAAGCAUGCGCCACAGUUUGCCGGUGGGGGCCAGCAUGACACACAGGAGCUGCUCGAGUGGCUGCUGGAUGCCCUGCACGAGGACCUCAACCGGGUGAUGGAGAAACCGUAUAGCGAGCUAAAGGACUCCAAUGGACGGCCCGACAAGAUCGUGGCCGCCGAAGCCUGGUCGCAGCACCAUGCCCGCAAUCAGUCGAUCAUCAUUGACCUUUUCUACGGCCAGCUUAAGUCCAAGGUGAGCUGUCUGGGUUGUGGCCACGAAUCGGUCCGCUUCGAUCCGUUCAGUCUACUCAGUCUGCCGCUACCCGUUGAGAACUAUGUGUACUUGGAGGUGUUGGUUAUCCUGCUCGAUGGGAGCGUUCCCAUCAAGUACGGACUGCGCCUCAACUCGGAGUGCAAGUAUGGAGAUCUGAAGCACAAGCUGGCCACCCUCUGCCCGCUCCAGCCGAGCCUGAUGCUGGUGUGCGAGCUCUGGAACUCGCAGAUACGCCAGCUGGUUGGGGACGAGGACAAGCUGCGCACGCAGACCGCCAAAGAAUUGUAUGUGUAUCAGCUGCCAGAGCAGAGUAGCGUUCGGACGCGAUCCAAUUCGGUGCUCAGCACGCACAUCGAGCAGGGCCUGAAGGAUAUACAACGGACCUCAGCCUCUGCUCUCGCCACCACCCAGCAGGACUCGUUGUCUUCGUUGAGUACUCUGCAAACCUCCAGCAAGGCUCUGUGCAAUGGAUAUGGCUCCGAGGCGGACCAAAUGCCGGAGGUGGCCAGAUACAUUAGCAUCAACAGCAAUGGCAGCGGAAACGGAAACGGAAGCAGUGGCCAGGUGCACGAACUGCUGCCAGAUGAUGCCGGAAAGGUAAGCCGGUGCUUUGGAAAGAGAGAGUGCAUGCCCCACAGCCUAUUUUGCUUCAAGGAGUCGCUCAUCCUGAGCUGCAGUCCGGAGAACACUUUUAUGCACGGCACAGCCGCCACACAGCAGAAGCGCGUCUCCUCCGCCAAGCUGCUGCACACGGAGAGCAACACCAGCUCCAUGUCGUACACGAAUCAGUCGGGCGAGAACUCGAUGGAGAGCUCCCUGACGGAUCCCAUGCCCAUUGUUGAGCUGGCCAUGGUCGCGGGUAGCAGUCGCCAUGGCAGCGGGAGCGGCGAUGACAACUCGUAUCGGACGACACCUAACGACUCCAGUGGCCUGAGCACUGGCCACACGCUGGGGGCAGCCUCCAGCCUGGAGGAGGGUCACGAUGUGGAUGAUGUGGGAGAGCAUGCCGAUGCCGAGGAGGGGGAGGAUCUGGAUAUGGAUCUUCACAUAACAACGUCACAGCCGGAGACCAGCAGCGGCGUCUACUCGCGUCGCUCCUCGCAGCCCCACAGGGCGGGCAAGUAUCUAGUGGCUGUCCACCGCAAGAUCACGCGUCACGACAGCUACUUCCUCUCGUACCACAAGACGCGGCCCAGCCUCUUCGGGGUGCCUCUGCUCAUACCCAACUGCGAUGGCGGCACCCACAAGGAUCUGUACUGCGCUGUCUGGCUGCAGGUGAGCCGACUGCUCAGUCCAUUGCCCGCGACAACAGAGCAGGCGAAUCAUGCCGCCGAUUGUGACGACAGUCUGGGCUACGACUUUCCCUUCACGUUGCGAGCCGUCAAAGCCGAUGGCCUCACCUGCGCCAUUUGUCCGUGGUCGAGCUUCUGUCGGGGCUGCGAGAUACGCUGCAACAACGAAUAUGUGCUCCAGGGCGCCCUGCCGCCUAUCAGUGCUGUGGCUGCCAGUAAUACGCCCACACCGAAAAUGAAUGCCAAGUUCCCAUCGCUACCAAAUCUGGAGGUCAAACGGACACCCGAGUACACCGCUUCGUUGUCGUAUACCCCAACAACAAAAUACUUUGAAGACUUUACCAUUGCCAUCGACUGGGAUCCAACCGCCCUGCAUUUACGCUACCAAAGCACCUUGGAGCGUCUUUGGGUGGACCACGAGACCAUUGCCAUAUGUCGGCGGGAGCAAGUGGAGCCCGUGGACCUGAAUCAUUGCUUGCGCGCCUUCACCUCCGAGGAGAAGCUGGAGCAGUGGUAUUACUGCAGUCACUGCAAGGGCAAGAAGCCAGCCACCAAGAAGCUUCAGAUUUGGAAACUUCCACCAAUAUUAAUUGUGCACUUGAAGCGCUUCAACUGUGUCAACGGCAAGUGGGUCAAAUCGCAGAAAGUGGUUCAUUUCCCGUUUGACGAAUUCGAUCCCACGCCGUAUCUGGCCUCAGUGCCGCAGGAGACGAUAUUGCGGCACAAGGAGUUGCUGGAACUGAAAGCAGACAGUGAUAGUAUGACAAAGGCAAUGCCACGCAAUCAAAUUGUGAACGAACUGGAUGAGAUCCAGGACCAGGCGAAGGAGGACCAAACAGCAGACUCUGCUUCGACUUCGACGACGACGACGACGUCCACGUCAGCGUCAACGUCUAAAGUUGCUACAGGAGCUACUGGGAAUACGGGAAAUGUUUUACGCCAGAGCAAAACGAAUAACGCGGCCAGGCGACAACGCCUCAUCUCAACGAGUCUCACCAAGACGCCCAUUGUGGAUGGCGAAUUCGAGGACUAUCAUCAGCACCGCCUUAAGCCAGAUGUGGAUGAGUUCGAUCCCAAGUACAAGCUGUAUGCUGUUGUGUCCCACUCUGGUAUGCUGAAUGGCGGCCACUACAUUUCUUAUGCAUCGAAUUCGUCUGGCUCGUGGUACUGUUACAACGACAGCUCCUGCCGCGAGAUAUCCCAAAAGCCCGUGAUCGAUCCAAGUGCCGCAUAUCUAUUGUUUUACGAGCGCAAGGGUCUCAACUAUGAGCCGUAUCUGCCCAACAUUGAGGGUCGAGCGCUGCCCCAUAAUGCCUCUGGUCUGCAGCUCGAUGUGGACGAGACCGAAGGCGAGCUAAAGAAGCUGUGUGCAAUUUCCUAACUGAUGCGCACUCUGCAUCCAUCCCCACCUCCACCUGUGGUCAUUUGGCUAUGAAGGAUUCGCCACAUUCUUUUCCCCGAUUCCGUUACGCUCUAUUGUGUUUUUGUAUGUUUUGUUAUUUACUAUUCUAAGCUCAAUUGGAUUGCUGCUGCUUUAGAUGUUUGUUUAGCCCCUAAUUAGCUGUAAGCCUGCUUGUGCGACUACUUCGUGGCCGUAGGGCAUUGGUGGGACGGGACCUCGGUUCAUGCGUGUACCAUAUAAUUUCCAGUUUAGCUUGUAUAUAAAUACGUUUAGUGGGUAGCAGGCUAGUGCCUGAACAGCGUUUGGUUUGCCAAUACUAUGAAUAUCUGAUAUCUGAUUGAUCCCCAUAUUUUGCUUGUUGCCGUGUUUUUGUUUUGUUUGGUUUUUUUUCGUAUUCGUAUUAGGCCACUAGUGCCAGCCAGAAUGUAAUUAUUUUUAGGCCGGAUUGUGUCCGACCAUUCCAUUUGCGAGUACUAGUGUAUUGUAACUAUCGUUGUAUGUAAAUAACAAACGGAAGUGAGGGGACGGGAC